UGCGCCCGCAAUUGCAGCUUGGCCUGAGCUCCAUGCUGCCCCCACACGAGGCGCAAUUGAAAAUUCGCAAACGAUAGCCUCAAAAAAAAUCCCGAGCACUCCACCAGAAGCUUGAGCCCGCCACCAUCCCACCACUCACUCGUCGCCUCUACCCCCAGCGAAACCUCAGCCAUGUCGUCGUUCCUCGCCCGCCGCGCCGUCGCCGCCCCGCGCAUCGCCGCCCGGGCCUUCAGCACAACCUCGCCCAGGUCCCUGGCCCGCAUCCAGCUCAUCGGCAACCUGGCGGACGCGCCCGAGCUGUCCGUCACCAGCAGCGGCCGCGAGAUCGUCAAGUACGCCAUCGCCACCAACGCGGGUCCCAAGGACAACCGCAAGACCAGCUGGUUCAGGGUCACCAGCUUCGAGGCCGAGGGUCCCCGCAGGGACUUUGUCCUGGCCCUGCCUAAGGGCUGUAUGGUCUACGUCGAUGGCGAUGCUUCCAUGAAUACCUACGAGGACACAGAGGGCAAGUUGCGCAGCGCCCUCAACAUCACCCAGCGCAACCUUGAGCUGCUCAAGCGGCCCCAAUCGCAUGAGCAGGACCAGCAGCAGGCGCCACAGCAGGAGUAAAGACGCCAACUCCUGUGACGGGGAGUGAGGUGACGCUCUAGCCUAGAGGUAGAGUCAUGAGCCUACAACUAAGAGUGUCUUGCCGACCUUUCUCUCCUAUUUGGGCUCGCUGGCAGCUUUAUAGCGGAUUAGCCACUACUGUCGAUAGUGUAUGUAUUGGCUGUUGGGGCGAGCACCCGCAAAUGUACACUAUUCUGCCCCUAAUGUUAUGAUAUUAAAGACAUCUCAAAUUAGAGAUAGCUUCGGAAGUGGUGUUAUUGAUGCUAGCUGCGGCUUAAGAG